AUGCUUAGAAAUGUAUUAGGAACGCUACAGAAACGUGGGUAUUCACGUAUUCUAACCCCGGGUGGUCAAGUGUUUCCCACGCAAAAAAACCCUGAAAAUGCCUUGAAACGCUUUAUUGUUGACAAAAUCAGAGUAAGUGGACCAAUUACUGUUGCUGAGUAUAUGAAAUUAUCUGUUGGUUCAUCUUCUGUUGGCUAUUAUGGAGGCUUUGGAACUCAGAAGCCGGUUUUUGGCGAAAAAGGAGAUUUCAUAACGUCACCCGAGCUAACUCAACUAUUCGGAGAAAUGAUCGGCGUUUGGCUGUAUUACGAACUGGCAAAUACCGGGCAUAGAGGUCAAUGGCAAUUAGUGGAAUGUGGACCAGGAACAGGUCAACUCAUGCUUGACGUAGUGACCUCUCUGAAUAAGUUUAAUGAGAAAGAUGUUUCAAUUCACUUAGUCGAAACAUCCGACGCCCUGAUUAACGAACAAGAAAAACUUCUUUGUGUUGAUAAUAGUACAACGAUUUACGAUGAUAAGCCUUAUGUGAAGAAAAAUAAGACCAAGCAAGGCUAUCCCAUCUUCUGGUAUAAGAAUGUUGAUGACAUUCCUGAAAACUUCACUGUGUUCAUCGCCAAUGAGUUUCUGGACGCCCUUCCAAUCCAUCAGUUCAAAAAGAAUGAAAAUGGAGCUUGGAAUGAAAUUUAUGUUUCCAUCGAUGAAAACAACGAUUUAUGUUUCAUGAACUCUAAAGGCGAGAAUCUACAUAGCAGAGGUUUGAUAUCUGAAGAAGUUCGAGCUCAAGCAAGCAAAACCAACCACGAAAUAUCACCUGAUUCUGGAACGUUUAUUAAUCAAAUUGUCGAAAGAAUUGUUCAUAAUGGUGGUUUUGGAUUAAUAAUUGACUACGGUCAUGACGGCGACAGAGAAAACUUCUCAUUACGAGCUUAUAAGAAGCAUGACCAGGUCCAUCCUUUAUCCGAUCCCGGAAACAUUGAUAUAACGGCAGAUGUGGACUUCAAAUAUUUGAAGGAUCUCGUGAGUGAUCGAGCUAUUACUUUCGGUCCUAUCAUGCAAAGAGAGUUCUUAGCUCAGUUAGGCAUUGGUGUUCGUCUCCGUCGACUUCUGCAAAUGUGCGAUAAUCGUACGAAACAAGAGCAUUUGAUAAAAUCUUACAACUUUUUGAUGCAAGAGAUGGGAGAGAAGUUCAAAGUUCUCUCCGUAUUCCCUAAAACUCUAGAAAGUAUCUUAGAAAAGAGAGGAACGCCCGAAGGUUUCUCUUCGACGCGACCAGAUUCAAAGAAAGAUGAAAAGCAGUAA